AUGGAAGGCUUCGGCGAAGUGUUCCUUGCGCGACCGGAAUACCAAGUCAUCAGUGAGCUGGUACACAAUCCUGGUGUCUCACCAACCGAGGCAGUCCAAAAUCUGCUUCGGGUGCGCGAGGUCUUACACCAGGAGGGAGGGGAACCCCCGACUGAGAUCGAUGGCACACACACAUGGAUUGCCAUGGUCACGGUUGUGAAAAUUGUUAAUCUUACUCCAGCUGCGCAGCAGCACAAGCUUAUCGAAUUCAUUGCCCAUCUUCAACGCACCAAGAUUGUCGAUCCUGACACGGGCCAAGAGCCAACGUCAAUGGGCAUGAAGUUAUGGACUGAACUCCCCUAUCUCGGAGUCUACUUGAGGGAUAUGUAUUCUUUCACAUACGACCCCAAGUACGCCCAGCAGGUCGACGAUGAUCCCCGGAUGGAGUAUCCUCCACGCGAACUCCAGGAGUGGGAGAAUCGCAAUGCGUUUAUGGCGCAGCUGACCGCGAAAGCAGACCAUCUCGGCCAUGCCAUUGACGCAUCACUAUAUGCGCUGUGGGCGUGUCGAGAAACGUUUGAGGAAUGCGAUCCGCUGGUGGAAGAGGCCGUGCGUAUUUCAUGUAUCUGGUAUAUCUAUGCCGGUCAGCGAAUGUGGGAGAACUGUCAGGUCCAACGAACAUUCGGAGACGCUGAUGAUCCUCCUCCGCGACCGCGCUUCACAAUGGAAAAGUGGCAUCUUUGGAAGGAUGGCUUGAAGGCGGCACAGCUUCUGUUCUCCCGGGUGAGUACGCAAGAGAUGAUACAGAAGGCGUUGGCAGAGAUUGAGAAAGCGGAACGUGGGGAGUGAGAUUGCCCUUAUAUCCAGUCGUGGAGUUCGGGAUGUAUUUAGGUCGAAGAUCACUUCAGAUCUACUGUUACUAGUUGGCAAGACGAUAGUGGCAAAGCAUAAUAUGG